UAACAUUGCAACUCCCCGUUCGCGGCCAUCAGUCAGAAAACUGCGGCAAUGUGACUCCUAGGGGACAGGCUGAGAAUGCACAGACUUCAACGGGUUAUGCUGUGGAAGGACGUGGGAAGCCUGGAAUUGCUGGGGGAUGCGGUUUUCCUAGGUGCUCUGUUAUUUGUGAUCACAAUGAAAAAUUUAGACAAUGGUGAUCUGAUAACUGACAAACUUGCCAAGCUCAAGAGCUCAAAAGAAUGGUUGGAACCACAGCCACUUUCUUUUAUGGAGACUCUUUCCCCCCUGCAUUUCAUUUUGGACAGCUUCUAUUGGAAUUAGCUUAUGAAGAUAUUGAUACAGCUACUAAAUCAAUAUUAUAUAGAGAACAUUAUGUAAUUAAGGAUCUAGAUAAGUAUUUACAACAUCAUGAAUUCUUAAAUACAAGAAGAAAAGAGAUGUUAUAUAAAAGAUGGGUUGACCGUGUGGCAGAUCCUCUCCAGAAGAAAAUUAUAGAAAAAGUUUGUUCACAUAAGAAAAUUGAAAAAAGGAGACAAGAGGAAUCAGAUAGUUUUAUAAAAUAUGUAAAUAAAAAGGGAAAUGUAUUUAUAGAACAUUAUGACCUCAAAGAGUAUGAUCCUUUUUAUAUGAGCAAAGAGGACCUGAAUUUUCUGAAGGUUACCAUCCCACCGCUUCGUGACCCUUUGAAAAAGGCACAAUAUGACCAAGAUGAUGAAAAAAGAAUUCUCCUUCAGUGUGAGACUGGCAAAAUAUAUACUAUGAAAGAAUUUAAAGAGAUUGAGAAGGCCAAACUGUAUUCCAGAUUCCCAAGAAUUUCUAAUGCAAGGCACUUUAUAACUCCAAAUGAGUGGCUUAAACUGCCUACGAGCUAUAUAGAAAGUGAAUUUUGUAAAAGGAACAGGUUAAAAGUGAAAGUGAAUUUUAAUGUUAGUAGUUUGGAUUUGAAACCCUUGGCAAGAGCUCCUCAUCUUCUGGAAUCCCAGGAAGAAGAAAAUGCAGUUAUUUACAAAAACAAGGGGUCAUGUUUUCUGGAAAAAGAACCUCUGUGUUAUCAGGAGGGAAAGAAUCCAAGUCCCAAGGAGGCCAACUCUGGAGGGCACUUUUCUUCCUUGAACCCUGGCCAAGAGGAAGAAUGCAAUGAGGAUCAGAAUGCGGCUUCUCGGAAGAGAGGAGGCAGUGGAACAAUCCCUCCCUCCACCCCCGAAAAAGAAAAAAAAAGAAAGGUGAGGGAGACAGUAGAAGAAACUGAGGCAGGUUUCAUUAAUUCAGGGGGAAUGGAAAGGUUGCUUCUGGGAGCUACACAAUGGAGGUGCCCUCCAGUGGGUGCGCUGUGGGGCACCGAGCUCCCUCUCCUGAGCUUUAGCCCUUCUUCUCUCUCUCCACCAUCUCUACCUGUCAUUCACCACUUGUCACACCCAAGCCAGGCCCAAACUUUGGUUCCCCUUAAUUCAGCAACGACAGGCAGAAAAUUUUCUAAAGGACUAUAUACGAAAUUAAAGUUGUAAAAUUUAAGAAAUAAAGUAAAAGCCUCAACACUUAAAAUGUAAAAUGUAUAGAAGUAUAGGUAGGUGUUCACAGAAUAGACUUCUUAUCCUAAGGUAACUACAGUUAAACUUGGUGGUCAUGUGAUGGUCUAGCCUGGGCCUACUUCUCUCCAGGCCUGGUGCCACUUCUCCCCUUCAGUUCUCUUCUCCACACCCUGUGUCCCAGGGCUCCAGAGUUUAGCCUCUUUAAGGCGUGGUUUUCCAGGAGCAGUCACGGCCCACUCUCCUAUUAUCCAGUUAGAAAUCAAUAUGGGAAUGGUUUGUUGCUCUGACAAUCAAUGUUUCCAUUUUCUUUUUGACUGUCUCUCCAUUUCCCCACUCCCACCCUAAAGAAUAAAGGAGCUGCCUUUUUUUUUUACUCACUCAUAGUAAAUGUAUUAAAACUAUUCUGUAGUUUAACUCCCGUUACUGUCAUAUUUUAGUACCCUCCUAUGUGCUUGCUUUCAUCCUCAAAAUGUAACAAGUGCCUAUUCUGGGCCAGGCAGUGUUUGAGGGGCUGGAGACAUAGUGUUAAACAAAGCAGAUAAAGCUCUUAUCUCGAGGAGCUUACAUUUUGAUGGGGGAGACAAUAAACAAAUGAAUAAGUAUAUAAUAUC